GAAGGCGGUAGCAGAGGCGGCAGCAGCGGCAGCGACAUGAGCAGCGGGGCGGCGUCCGGGACUGGGCGGGGGCGGCCCCGGGGCGGGGGACCGGGACCCGGGGACCCCCCGCCCAGCGAGACACACAAGCUGGUGGUCGUGGGCGGCGGAGGCGUGGGCAAGAGCGCGCUGACCAUCCAGUUCAUCCAGUCCUACUUUGUGUCUGACUACGACCCCACCAUUGAGGACUCCUACACGAAGAUCUGCACGGUGGAUGGCAUUCCUGCCCGGCUGGAUAUCCUGGACACGGCGGGCCAGGAGGAGUUCGGGGCCAUGCGGGAGCAGUACAUGCGUGCUGGCCACGGUUUCCUGCUCGUGUUCGCCAUUAACGACCGUCAGAGUUUCAACGAGGUGAGCAAGUUAUUCACACAGAUCCUCCGGGUUAAGGACCGUGAUGAUUUCCCUGUGGUGCUGGUUGGAAACAAGGCGGAUUUGGAGUCACAGCGCCAGGUCCUCAGAUCUGAAGCACUGACUUUCAGCGCCACCAACCACGUGGCCUACUUUGAGGCCUCUGCCAAGCUGCGACUCAACGUGGAUGAGGCCUUUGAGCAGCUGGUGCGGGCUGUCCGAAAAUACCAGGAGCAAGAGCUGCCCCCCAGCCCCCCCAGCACCCCCAGGAAGAAGAAUGGAGGUUGCCCCUGUGUCCUGCUCUAACCAAGCAAGAAGCUACCAGCACAAGCCCUUGGGACCAGCUGCAGCACCUCUCGCUGUGUGGCCUGAGGCCCUGACUGAGCCUCAGUUUCCCCCCCUGGGUCUCCCAAGAUACAUUACACCCCCUCACCCUUCUUAUACCAUUAUAUCGCCACUCUGUGCCUUCUGCCAAUGCCUUCUGUCCCAACCCAAGCCCCUGGUGGGGUAUGGGGCUUCUGGCCACCGCUGUGUAUAUACGUAUAUAUAUAUAUAUCUAUAUCUUCUCCUU